UAUAUAUAUAUAUAUAUAUAUGUUACAUCUUCUCUCAUUUUCUUCUUGUUUCUGUAUGUCUCUCUUACAAAGCUAUUCUGUCAUUAAACAAACACUUGGUUCUUAUGCACUUGCUCUUUCAAGACUGUCUCAAAAGAACAAGUCCAUAGCUAUUCGUACUGCUGUUAUUUUGACGUUGGCAUAUGUGAUACAAGAACGUAUUCUCAAACCACCUAAAAGGCUUCGUCAUUUACCCUAUGUUAAUUAUUUCCAGUUUCUCAAGUUUGUUUUCAACAAACAGUCUACCUUUGACUAUGCACAAAAGAACAUUCUUCCUAUUAUCAAUCAAAAAGACAGUGAUGGUGUUUACAUGGUAAGUUCAAAUGUGUCCAUAUCCGUUCUCAUUGACAUAAAAUAGCGACCGGGAAAUCAAGGCUGGGAUAUCAUGAUUGCUAAUCCUGACUAUGCUAAACAGGUUUUAUUCAAGCAUGACAUGUUUCCUAAAAUGGAUUUAUUAAAGGGCGUUGAAGGCACUUUACUUUACAAGUUUUCAGGUGGACCCAAUAUCUUUAUUGCCAAUGGUCAUGAUUGGAGGGCACAGAGAACAGUAGUCAGCCCUGCUUUUCAUCGGUCAAUGCCUAUUCGUAUGUUUGGUGAAUUAGCCAUAUCUUUAUUCAAGACCAUGGACAAGAUGAGCGAAACGAUUGAAGUGACAGGAUUAAUUCGUCGUUAUACUUUGGAUGCCAUUGGCAAAGCAGGAUUUGGCUUUGAUUUCAAUGCUACGGUGGAUCCCAAGAGUAAGUGGGUAGAGAUUUAUGAUUCGAUCAAUGAUGGGCUUCAAGAUCCUCUCUUUUUCAUGUUUCCUUCCUUUGACCAUCAAUGGCUUUGGUUGUUUCCUAAACGUAAAGCCAUCCAUGAUAAACUCGAUAUUUUCCUCAAGAUGAUGGAUAAUGUCAUCACCACCAAACGCAAAGACAUCAGGCAAGGAAAGGUCACCAAUGAUAAUUUGGAAGAACAUGAAAAGGAUAUUUUGACAUUGAUGAUUGAGGCUGAAGAAAGAGGGGAAGGCAUUUUAACAGACACAGACUUAAAGAGUAACCUCUGCUUUUUCUUUUUGGCGGGUCAUGAUACGACAUUAAAUGCCCUCUCCCUUGCCAUUUAUUAUCUGGCAAUCCAUCCAGAAAUUCAACAACGGGCAAGAGAAGAAGCGAUGCAUAUCCUGGGUAAAGAACCUGUAGAUAUUGCGCCUACUUUGGAGCAAACAAAAGAAAUGACUUUUAUCAAUCAAAUUAUAAAAGAGACACUUCGUAUUCAUCCAACUGCUCCUCAAGUUGUACCUCGUAUUACUCAACAGGACAGUGUCUUUGGUGACAAGUUUAUUCCUAAAGGAUCAAGAGUUUCUGUGGAUAUCUACUGUAUGCAUCAUUACAACAAAGUUUGGCCAGAUGCAGAAACAUUCAAUCCAGACAGAUUCUCAGGAAAUGAGCAUACACAACAUGGUAUCUCUUGGCUAUCUUUCAGUAGUGGUGCUAGACAAUGUCUAGGUAUGAACUUUAGUCUUGCUGAACAGCGUGUUGUAUUGUCUAUGUUAUUGAGAAAGUAUGACUGGUCUUUGCCCAAAGAUUCUAUCCAUAAACAUGGUGUAUUGACCUCUGGCCUCUUUCUCGCUGGUCCUAAAGACUUGGAAAUCACAUUCAAGAAAAGAUACUAAAUAAAAUUGUGUUACGUUGGUGUACAAGAUCAUUGUGUACACAAACAUUGCUCUUUUUUUUUUUUUAUUAUUAUUAUUUCCUUUUUUUUCUCUCUCCC